GGCUGCGGGGGUCGCCCCCGAAAGCCGGCUGCCCUCGAAGGAGGGGCAGGGAAGGCAGGCAGCGCGACGUUUUUCCGCUGGCAGUGCGCAGGGGCUGGGGAGGGAGCUGGCGCGGAGCUGGGGAGGCCGGCUCGGCACCGCUCCCGGCAGCCGCUAUUUAUAAAUCCCCCCCCCCCCCCCUCCUUCCCCACCACCUCUCGCCUUCCUCCGGCCGUUUUCCAGCUGGGGAGGGGGGUGGGGGGGGGGAGGUGUUGGAGAAGGGGAAGGGCCCCCGGGGCUCAGCCGGGCGGGGAUGCUGCGGGCGAUGCCCCGCUGAGCGCUUCGGUCCGGGUCCGGAGCCUGGGGAUGCGCAGCGAUGCCCCGGCACAGGGCGUUCUCCGAGCCCGAGUGCUCGGCCGAAUACUCGGCCGACUACUCGGUGAGCCUCCCGUCCGACCCCGAGCACGGCGUGGGUCGGACCCACGAGGUGACGGUGCGAAGCUCGGGGCCCUGCCUCUGCCUGCCCCGCUUCAUGCGCCUCGCCUUCGCCCCCGAGUCCCUGGAGAACCUCUACCAGACCUACUUCCGACGGCAGCGCCACGAGACCCUGCUGGUGCUGGUGGUCUUCGCCGCCCUCUUCGACUGCUACGUCCUCGGCACGUGCGCCGCGGUCUACGCCGCCGACAAGCUGGCCCCGGCGUUGGCGGCGGCGGCCGGCUUGGCCGCCCACGUGCUGCUCUUCGCCCUCUGCAAGUACCGGCUGCUGCCCGAGCGGGCAGCGCGCCGCUUCCUCCCCUCCGUCCUCUGGGUCCUCAUCUUGGCCCAGAUCUUCUGCUACCUGGGCCUCGACUUCUCCCGCUCGCCCGAGGCCAGCGACACGGUGGGCUGGCAGGCCUUCUUCGUCUUCUCCUUCUUCAUCACGCUGCCGCUGCGCCUGGCGCCCAUCGUGCUCAUCACCGCCGUCUCCUGCGGCAUCCACACGCUGGUGCUCGGCGUCACCGUCGCCCAGCAGCGCCAGGACGCCCUGGAUGAGGGCGCGCUGCUCAGACAGCUCCUGUCCAACGUGGCCAUCUACCUGUGCGCCAUCACGGUGGGCACCAUGUCGUACUACAUGGCCGACCGCAAGCACCGCAAGGCCUUCCUCGAAGCGCGGCAGUCCCUCGAGGUCAAGCUCAACCUGGAGGAGCAGAGCCAGCAGCAGGAGCGGCUGAUGCUCUCCAUCCUGCCCAAGCACGUGGCGGAUGAGAUGCUGAAGGACAUGAAGAAGGACCCGAGCCAGAAGGAGAUGCAGCAGUUCAACACCAUGUACAUGUACCGCCACGAGAAUGUCAGCAUCCUCUUCGCGGACAUCGUGGGCUUCACGCAGCUCUCCUCGUCCUGCAGCGCCCAGGAGCUGGUGAAGCUCCUCAACGAGCUCUUCGCCCGCUUCGACAAGCUGGCAGCCAAAUACCACCAGCUGCGCAUCAAGAUCCUGGGCGACUGCUACUACUGCAUCUGCGGGCUGCCCGACUACCGGGAGGACCACGCUGUCUGCUCCAUCAUGAUGGGGCUCGCCAUGGUGGAGGCCAUUUCCUACGUACGGGAGAAGACCAAGACGGCGGUGGACAUGCGCGUGGGGGUGCACAGCGGGACGGUGCUGGGCGGCGUGCUGGGCCAGAAGCGCUGGCAGUACGACGUGUGGUCCACCGACGUCACCGUGGCCAACAAGAUGGAGGCAGGAGGCAUCCCGGGGCGCGUGCACAUCUCGCAGAGCACCAUGGACUGCUUGAAGGGCGAGUUCGAGGUGGAGCCGGGCGAGGGGGGCUCUCGCUGCGAGUACCUGAAGGAGAAGGGCAUCGUCACCUACCUCAUCGUGGUGCCCAAGCAGCCCCUGCGCAACGGCAUCAACGGGGUGAAGCUGUCCCUGACCUCGUCCCACGGUGGCUCCCCGCUGCUCGUCAACACCAAGGAGCGCAACGGCAGCGUCAGCGUGGCCUGCGCCAGCCCCGACGAGUCUGAAGAGCCCGACGCCAGGGCGAGGGGCACCUUGGAGAGCGGGGAGGAGGAUGGAGAGGCGGUGAACCCCUCCUUCCCCAACCCACGGCGUCGGCUGCGGCUGCGGGACCUGGCCGAGCGGGUGAUCGACGCGUCGCAGAACGAGCAGGAGCUCAACAAGCUGCUCAACGAGGCCCUGCUGGAGCGCGAAUCUGUCCAGGCGUUGAAGGGGAAGAGCACCUUCCGGCUCUCCAUGCGCUUCAUCGACCCCGAGAUGGAGACGCGCUACUCGGUGGAGAAGGAGAAGCAGAGCGGGGCUGCCUUCAGCUGCUCCUGUGUCGUCCUCUUCUUCACUGCCUUGGUGGAGGUCUUCAUUGACCCCUGGUUGGUGGCCAACUACGUGACCUUCGUGGUGGGGGAGAUCCUGCUGCUCAUCCUUACCCUCUGCUCGCUGGCAGCCAUCUUCCCCCGGGUCUUCCCCAAAAAGCUUGUGGCCUUCUCCACCUGGAUUGACAGGACUCGCUGGGCACGCAACACCUGGGCCAUGGCUGCUAUCAUCAUCGUCACCAUGGCCGACAUCGUGGACAUGCUCAGCUGCUGGCAGGACUACGGCGGAAUGGGCAACGGGACAGCGGUGCCGCCGCGGCCGGGCGGCUGCGGGGAGCAGCCCAAGUACUACAGCUACAUCGCCCUGCUGGCCCUGGUGGCCACCAUCAUGCUGGUGCAGGUCAGCCACAUGGUCAAGCUGACCCUCAUGGUGCUGAUCACCGGGGCGGCCGGCACUGUCAACAUCUACGCCUGGGAGCACAUCUUCGACCAGUACGACCGCCGCCGUGGCCAGCAAAGCGCCAGGUCAUCGCUGGUCCCCUCCAAGUACUCGAUGACGGCCAUGAUCUUCAUCGUGAUGCUCAGCUUCUACUACUUCUCUCGCCACGUGGAGAAGCUGGCCAGGACCCUCUUCCUCUGGAAGAUCGAUGUCCACGACCAGAAGGAGCGGGUCUACGAGAUGCGGCGCUGGAACGAGGCCCUGGUCACCAACAUGCUGCCCGAGCACGUGGCCCGGCACUUCCUGGGCUCCAAGAAGCGUGACGAGGAGCUGUACAGCCAGUCCUACGACGAGAUCGGCGUCAUGUUUGCCUCCCUCCCCAACUUCGCCGACUUCUACACGGAGGAGAGCAUCAACAACGGGGGCAUUGAGUGCCUGCGGUUCCUCAACGAGAUCAUCUCCGACUUUGACGCGCUCCUGGACGAGCCCCAGUUCCGCUGCAUCACCAAAAUCAAAACCAUCGGCAGCACCUACAUGGCCGCUUCUGGAGUGACCCCCGACGCGAACGCCAACGGCUACGGCACCAAGAAGGAGACGCUCUCGGAUAAGGAGCGCUGGCAGCACUUGGCCGAUCUGGCUGACUUCGCCUUAGCCAUGAAGGUGACGCUGAUGAACAUCAACUACCAGUCCUUCAACAACUUCAUGCUCCGCAUAGGCAUGAACAAGGGCGCCGUGCUGGCGGGCGUCAUCGGCGCCCGCAAGCCGCACUACGACAUCUGGGGCAACACGGUGAACGUGGCCAGCAGGAUGGAGUCCACCGGCGUGAUGGGGAACAUACAGGUGGUGGAGGAGACCCACCUCAUCCUGAAGGAGUACGGCUUCCGCUUCGUGCGCCGCGGGGCCAUCUACGUCAAGGGCAAAGGGGAGCUGCUCACCUUCUUCCUCAAGGGACGGGAGAAGCAAGGCUCCUUUGUCAACGGGUCGUCUGUCACCCUGCCCCAUCAGGUGGUGGACAGCUCCUGAGGGCCUGGCGCCCACCAGCCAGCACAGCCACCGCCUGCCCAGCACCCAGCAGGGCGUCUGGGGGGGGCCGGCGCCCACCACCACGGCUGCCAGGGACAUCUCUCCCACCAAGGUCCAGAUCUGAAACCAAACUCAAGCAACCAACCCCUUCGCACAACCCUUUCCGAGCCCCCGCCAGAGGUUUCUAGCGGGGCUUUGCUCCGUCGUGCCCGUGGCCGAGCAGGAGGGAGACACGGGGCUGCCCCGGCGGGCUCCUCCGGCCGCUCACGCUCGCGUGCAAGCGCACACAAGCUCACAGCCCCCGGCGGGCACGGGGCUGGGGCCGCCUUUCCCCGGGCAUCCCGGGGGACAGCAUGGCAUUCAAGUAGCAUCGUGGGCCCCGGAUGCCACCGCACACUCGGCACAAGGAGAAUCACACUCAGGGCUGGAUGGGAAGACACCACGUCUCUCCUGCGUGCCGCGAGCGGCAGCCACGCACCGCAGCGCCUGGGGUUUGCUGUUAGUCCAUACCAAGUCCAUCCUCGUCACAAACAACCAUAGUUAGGAGACUGGGGGGAGAGAGAGAGAGAGCGCGCGCAGUACUGCCUUUGGCUCAGAGAAGAAAAACAAACACAAACCAAUAUUGUGUAUUUAAGAUAUAUAAAUAUAUUAUAUAUAUAUAUAUAUAUAAGAGUACAGAUUGACAUUUAUAUUUUUAACUGUGCCCAUUCGCUCCCCGUGGCAGAGCUCCUCUCGCACACGCUGGGGUCAGCUGCUGUCACGCUGCUGUUGCCUGAUGGAAGAGAGGACCAGGAACGGCCGAGAAGGGACUGCUGUGCUCAGCCUGACGCUGCCGGGGCUGGGGGAGAGGAGGCACACCCAGAGUGUAAUUACGCCACUAGUUUCUUGAAUAGAAAGCAGUUGAAUUUCAAAGCCCGGUUCUGCGUCUGCUGUGUUCUGGGGUUGCAGGUACAGUGAGAAGGGCUUGGCUGCCUCUCCAAGGGAAUACUGGAGGGGUCCCCACAGGGGAGCACAACGCCUUUGGUGGCUUUUGCUCCUUUCCCUUGUUGGGGCUCAGCUGGCUCUGGCAGCAGAGACCCAAAACACUGGGAACCGCAAUAUGAAUGAUACAGGAGUUUAACCUCUACCCCAUCCCUCAAAAGGAAAGAAAAUCCCCAUCCUCAGCCCGCGCUGUUCCCCGUUCUGUCCCUGCACUCGCAGGACCUGGCUGCUGGUGCAAGCAGCACCCACGUGGAACAGGAGCGAUGCUGAUGCAGGGAGAAACCAGCAGCCUCACCCACCCUGCCAAAUGCAGGCAGCUGAGGCUGUUUGCACCCCGGGAUAUAAACCCGGAGGGGUGACGGGCCUUAUGCAGGCACCCUGAUGACCUGUCAGCUCCUCUAAAGCAGCCUCAGCCUGGUGAGCCUUCCUCCGUGAGGAGCUCUGACCAUCACGGGCAGGAAUCGCUACCUGGAGUUACGACCCUUGUAAACUGGAGGUUACAUUUAAACGGGUUCGGUUUGGACAAAGAGCUUGAACAACUACAGAAACAA